AUGAAGUUUGCAGAACAUUUGCGCGAGUCCGCAGUCCCCGAAUGGUCUGACAAAUACAUAGACUACAAGCGGGGCAAGAAAAAGCUGAAAUCCUGCACCAAGAGCAUCCUCGCCAGCAAAGUUCUCAUCAACAACAUUUCGGCUAUCGGUGGGAAUUCCAGUGACAGCCAGUCCGCGCGAUGGAAAAACUCUUAUACGCAUAUCCAGCGUCACUUCAUUCAAGAGUUUGUACAGGAUUGGGUUAUCGGGCGUGAGCUCGAAAAAUGUAACGACUUUUAUUUAUGGCAGCUCCGGCAGUGUAUGCGUCGAUAUGCGAUUCUUGAAGAACAGAUUCGCAUCUACGAGAUGCAGCAGUCAAAUCAGUCUUACGGAGCGGUUCAGGACUACGUGCAAUAUCCGAUAGUUGUACCCCCCACUCGCACAUCGCACUCUCUUCGAGCGCGCGCUGUACGUCAGUUGCAGCAACUUGAUCUCAUGCCUAGUUUACCCAACUGUAUCAAUCUUAAAGACCUAUUAGGUCACCGCAGAGAACAUGGGCCACCUUCCGUAAUCCAUGGUGAAACCUUUACGCCCGUACCUGUAAAACUUACCCCAAGCCAAAUAAAACAGCAGCUUUCUGACGCGCUCAUUGAGUACUACUUGUUGAUCCAGCUUGUCAAAAAUUAUCGUGAAUUGAAUGUUACUGGUUUUCGCAAAAUCGUAAAGAAGUUUGACAAAACAUGUGGGACCACUGAACUGCCCAACUUCAUGGAGUACGCAAAGGCACACUCGCCUAUGUUCCAACAUGCAGAGGCCAACGUUCAUCUGCUUACACAGCAGAUUCAGGAUUCAAAUUUGAUUAAGCGGCCAUCAAUUUCUACCGAUGCUUCUAAGGACGCCACAGACCCGCUUUUUACGUGGGAGCAACAGGUCACGCAUUGGUACACUGAGGUAUUAUCCACUAAUGCUAAGGACCGCAAACACAAAACAGAAAAGAUUCGUAAUCUUUCUUUACAAUAUUCAUUGAAUGAGCAAAAAAUCCAUAAAUUCAACACUUCCAUUUUACAAAUAUUUGUUGCUGGCUCAGCAUCAGGAGCUGGUUUAACUCUCGUUGCUUACACUCUUUAUAAGGGAUUUCUUGCCCCAGUUUCUUCCAAGGUCCACACGUACCUGCUCCCAUUAUGGGGAGGAUGGUAUAUGGUUUACUUGAUGGUCUAUCUUCUUCUCUUGGCGUGCUUCAUUUGGCAUAGAACUCAUGUGAACUAUCGUUUCAUAAUGUUUGGAGAAGUUCACUCUCGACAUGGUGCAGUACUUUUCAACAAUGAUUUUUCAACUACCAACAUUCCCCUCCUUUUAUAUUGUGCAAGUGUGUUUCUUCUGCCGUUCUCCAUUUUGGGUGCUAUUAGUUUCCAUUAUGAAGUUUUAACUCCAUGGGCAAUUGCUUGGCCAAUUUGCGCAGCUGUAUUAUUUCUGUGGCCCUCCAUCAAAGCAAGUCACUUCUUGGCGUUGCCCUAUUGGGAUAAGUUGAGGCAGACAAGACGGUGGUUGAUAGUGACAGCCAUAAGAUUGUUAUGCUCAGGAAUGUUUCCAGUUCAAUUUGGUGACUUUUUCCUUGGGGAUAUCGUAAACUCUCUGACUUACACCAUGGCUGACAUUGCUCUGUUUUUUUGCGUAUAUUCUGAUACUCCCAUGAGUAAUUGCGGAUCAUCACAUUCUAAGGUUAUGGGGAUUCUCUCCUGUAUACCAAGUUAUUGGAGAAUGAUGCAAUGUUUUAGGAGAUACGCGGAUUCCGGAGAUUGGUUUCCCCAUUUGUUAAAUGGCUUCAAGUAUGGGAUGGGUGUCGCUUUCAAUGCUUCUCUCUGUGCCUAUCGUUUAUCGCAUACUGAUACGAGAAGAGGGGUUUUCGUUGCGCUGGCGGCUAUUAAUGGAACUGUGUCGGCCAUUUGGGAUAUCAUCAUGGAUUGGUCGCUUUUACAGCCCAAUUCACAUAAUUGGCUUUUGAGAGAUGAUCUGUACCUUGCUGGGCGGAGAAACUGGAAAAAUGGGAGUUAUUCGAGACGCAGAAAGCUCGUCUAUUAUUUUGCGAUGAUCUGGGAUGUUAUGAUUAGAUUUGAAUGGAUUGUAUAUGCUGUCGCACCAAGCACCAUUCAACAAAAUGCAAUCACUUCAUUCGCUAUGGCCUUUUUUGAAGUUUUACGAAGAUUUGUAUGGGUAAUUUUUCGUGUUGAGAACGAACAUGUUGCUAAUGUCCACCUCUUCAAGGUUUCGGGUGAGAUCAGUUUACCUUAUCCAACGACAAUUCCUUUGGAAUCUGAUACGGAAGAAGCAAUUGACGAAGACUAUGCCUUAGCAGACAUUGACUACCCAGAAGAGCCCACCAGGGCAUACCCAGGUGCUAAAUCGGGCAGGACAACAUCCUUUAUCGAUAACGUAUCCAAAGUUAUACCAUGGGCGCACGCUAGAGACUUUCAAAGGCCCAGAAGUUACUCUGCUGCAGAUGCGAACUCUCAUGAGAGUGAUGAAAGUGAAAGUGAGAUGGAGAGCAUGGUGUGA